AUGGGAGCAGCCUUGUCCAUCUCCACCGUCGACGCACUAGCCAGGGCGAUCAAGAACAAAGUGCGUCGGAGGUGGUUAACUGCGCCCCAUCAUGGCACCGCCGAUUGGUCUGGCCUGCCGGAGGACCUCCUCCUGACCGUCAUGGCAGAGCUGGAUGUCCCCAGCAUUAUCCGAUCCGGCGCCGUCUGCACGUCCUGGCACCACGCCUAUGAGACCUUCCGCCGCCUCCAGCUUCCCUCGCCAAAGCAGGCCCCUUGCCUGUUCUAUGCAUGCGACGAGUACGGGCCCAACAAUACCGCCCUGUAUUGUCCCUCCACAAACGCCACGUUCCGUGUCCCCUUUCAAAGGCCCCUCGAGGAGAGCCGGGGAUUCGUCUCCUCUUGUCACGGCUGGGUGUUCUCCACCGAUGAGUCCGGGGACCCGUACCUUCUCAACCCUAUUACCGGCUCCCGGGCCGCGCUCCCACCGUUCGUGACAAUCUACCACGGGGAGAGCCGCUAUGACCACGACCAUAAGUGUGCUCUGAAGGCUCGACUGGAGAACAGAUCCCACAACCCGAUGGUCACCUGGGCAUGGCAUUCGGGGUAUAUCCGGGUUGCCAUCUCCGCUGCCACCGAGAUAGACGCAUGCACUGUGGUAAUCGUGCAUACCCCAGACGAGUGGAGGCUCUCCUUUGCUAGGCCCGGUGACAAGCAGUGGACAUUGCUCCCUAGCGACCAAGGCUUUAUAGAUGUUCUUUACAAUGAUAAGGACGGCUUGUUCUACGCUCUAGGUUGUGAUUGUUCUAUUUACACGAUAGAUCUCAAUGGCCCUUUGCCGAUGGUGACGAUGAUCAUGUGUGGCGUGUCAUCCUGGGGCAACCCUACCCAGUAUCUCGCAUUCUCCCCAUCAGGUGAACUUCAGCAAGUCUGGAGGAUCUGGAAUUGCGCACAUGUUCCAAUCAAAAAUAUGGUCGAUGAUGGCAGUGUAGAUUUCGCGAACGAAUAUGACGACGGCAAGUUCAGUGAGCUGUUUGAAGAUGAUUAUAAGUUCACUACGGCGAAGCUCUUCAUUUUCAAGGUUGACAUUGGCAGGCAGAAGCUGGUGGAGCUACGGGAUAUUGGAGACCACGCGCUAUUCCUCGGGUACAACAAUGUCGUGUAUGUUUCCACUAAGGACUUUCCGGCGUUCAAACCAAACCACGCUUACCUCACGGAUGACCGUUUUGAAUGUAAGCCAAGAUUGAAAGAGGACCUGGGUAUUUGGAACGUCAAGGAGAGGAAUAUGCAGAAACUUGAGGAUGCAUGGCCAUGCAUGUAUUCUUGGCUAGAUUUACCAGCUCCGAUUUGGAUCACGCCAAGGUUUUAG